AUGGAAACGGAAGUACGAAUUCACAGCAUGGUUCACCAACCAAACAUUGUGCAAAUUAUGGCCAUCUCAUAUCUGAAAAAUCCUAUUUACCUGGUCUCGGAACUUAUCAAGGGGCGAAGUUUGGAGGAAUUACUAUUCAACGAUGACGAAACCUCUAACACUUUCGCAAUUCAAAGCUGCAAUAAGCUUGAUGUUGGGAAGCAAGUUUCGUCAGCUGUUGCCUACUUGCAUAGAUUGAAACUUCCUCUACCUCACAGAGACAUAAAACCUGCCAAUGUGCGAGAAAAUCCUCAUCACAAAGCUGUGCGAUAUGGGUUUGAGCAAACUGAAGUGAGAACAAUCCCUUACACGCACGACUAG